AUGGGCCUUAAGAGGUUGAAUCUAGAUUGGAGUGAUGCCUCAAAGUUGAGGUUGGAUCAACUAAAUGAGCUGGAUGAAUUUCGUUUUAGAGCAUAUGUUAGCUCUUCCCUCUAUAAGGCUCGCAUGAAGCAUCAUUAUGAUGAGAAGAUUUUGAAGAGAGACUUCACUCCGGGGGAUCGUGUGUUUUUGUUCAAUUCAAGACUCUGUUUGUUUCCUGGAAAGUUGAAGUCAAAGUGGUCGGGCCAAUUUGAAGUCACCCAAGUGUUCCCACAUGGAGCAAUUGAACUUGUGUGCCCAAAUGGUAAUGGAAUCAAGGUGAAUGGGCAAAGAGUGAAGCACUACUUGGGCUCCCCCAAUGAAGCAAAUAUUAUUGAGGUUAUCUUCCUCAAUGAGCCAUAA